AUGGAGUCCAAAGGGAGCACCCGCGGUGGAAAUAAGCCCGAUGCCAAGACCGCCAGCUCAGGGAAGCCAGAGAAGCCCAACCCUGGCCCUGCCACAGCUGCCGAUAAGAAAGAAGCCCCAUCAAAGGAGCAGCCGGCUCCUCCCGCCACCACCCCAGCAAAAAAGGCGGCAACGGCGGCAGCCAGUGAGGCGACCAUGCUGAACAGCCACGGCAACAUGAAGCCUAGCUCUGCUGGGGGAGCGGCGGAGGGCGCAGAGGCCGCAGGUCAUCCCGCUGACUCUGAGCACAAAGGGAACAAUGCGGAGGAGUCUCCGGGCAGCAGCAUUUUUGAGAACAUGAAGCCUCUGAUCAUCGUCGGAGGGGCGGCGGUGGCUGCCAUUGCUCUGAUUGUGGGAGUGGCUCUCCUUGCCCGGAAAAAAUAA